UAGUGCGCAUGCGCGUGGCUUAACGGGACACGUCAGGAUCAGAGCUAGGUUAGGGUACAGCUGCACGAGCUGCUAGAAUUCAACUGCAAAAUGGCGAAUUCUGUCAUUUCCGUGAUCUCCAAGUUUAUAGAGGAGUACGCUAGUAGCACGUCGGCUAAAUUAAAGCUAGUUGACGCGUAUUUGCUGUACAUCCUGCUCACAGGCGCGUUCCAGUUUCUUUAUUGCCUGCUGGUUGGUACAUUUCCGUUCAACAGCUUCCUGUCCGGCUUCAUCUCCUGCGUCGGAUCCUUCAUUCUUGCGGUUUGCCUGCGUAUCCAGAUCAAUCCUCAGAACAAAGCAGAGUUCUUAUACACCUCGCCGGAAAGAGCCUUCGCCGACUUCCUGUUCGCUCACACCGUGCUCCACCUGGUGGUUAUCAAUUUCGUCGGCUGAGGGAACGCCAUCGUUAACGUGAUUUACAUGAUUGACUGAAGAGAAGUGACCAAAACCUGCAGUCACCUUUUACCUCCGAUGAACUAUAAUGAAGAAUGAAACACAACACAUUAUCUCUGCUCUCUUUAUAUGAUUGUAAACAUUUCAAAAUCACCCAGAGCUGUAAUACCUCCCUAAACAGAUCAUUCAGAAAAACCUAAACUUGUUUUAGUCAUUUCUUAGUGGAAUGUUUAAAGGUGUGCUCUCAGCAUUUAGUAACCAAUACUCUGUCAAAAAAAAAACUUUUUUACUUGAUCUUUACAAAUAAAUGCUAUGAAACAAAAUAUUG